AUGGCCGACGAAGCCGCAGCAAUAAUUACGCAGUUGGACCAAGCACGUGAGCUUGCGUUCUCCAGCGCAGACAUGUUUCCCCAAGUGGUGAAGCAGAUUCUCAAUUUGGUCAACCACCCAUCGCUAGAGAUCCAGAGGUGGUGUGCUCUUUUUCUUAAAAAGGCCUUCGCUGCCGGACCUGAAUUGGUUUCUGCAGGCGUAAAAAUCGACCUUGCAAUUGACGCUUUAAUGCCUGCUAAGACAUUGGCUCAGACAAAAGACCUCGAGGUGUUCACUGCAGUGAUCGAUUUGAGUGUUACCCUCUAUAAACUCGUAUUCCGCUAUGUGGCCGAGAACGACGGCAGCCAUGCCAUUUGGGACAAUCUCCGAAGCCUCAAAAAUGAUCUCAUCUUCAAGUACGACCUGCAAUUUCCAUUUGAGCCAUCUUUCGAGAAAGAACACGAUCAGGUGAGAAACUUGGACUCCAAGUUGGAGCUUCUCAAAUUCAUCUUUACCGUGAUCGACUACCAACUGCAGUCUGUCUCUACAAGAUACUACUCCUUGGCCCGUGUCAAUCCAGGCCAUACGCUUAUAAAACAGGGCCCCAUGGAAGCCGAAGCUCUGGCUCUUUUGGAUAAGGUGUUCGAACCACUCCAGGACGACAUAUUGGUGACUCCCGUAAUCACAGCUGUGCUUAAUCACUUGGCUGUUUUGGUCCGUAGAAAGCGCCGCUUCAUCGACCGCAUCAUCCCAGUGCUUGAAGGUUUCGAGUCUAAUCUGAAACUCCAGUCGAACUACGAAUCUCUAGAAUCAUUCAAGUUAUCGAAGAAAUAUUGUGACAGAACUUUGAGAGUGUUACUUAAUUACAUGAGCAAAUGCCAGGUUGUUCCACCCAACUUCCAGAAUUCCGUCGCCAAAAAAAUCUCCUUACUUACUGCUAGAGGAGAUGACAUCAGAAAGAAAAACAUCUUGGAACCAUCUCCCGCUGACGAGAACAUCAAAAAGCGCAAGUAUGAAGGCUUCGAGAACCCACUGAAGAAACUCAAAACCCUUGACUACAAGAACUUAUACGCCUUGACCAAUGUGAACAGCGACCUUAAUAACUUCGAUUUAUCAACACUUCCACAGAACAUUUUGGUUUCUAUGGCUCUCACAGCGUUGCUGAGGGCUGACGUGAAGAGACUUACGAGAGCUUUGGAAAUCGUGGGUGAGAGGUAUACUGACGUUGUUAAGGAUGUUGUAAGUGUCAAGAGCGAAGGUGCAAAACGUGAAGGCGGAGAUGACGACGAUGAAGAUGACGAUGAUGCUGCUGAGAAUUUCGCUGCUGAAACGACAUACACGGUCCCCCCACCUAAGGCACUUUCGUUCCAGGAGAAGAAGGAACACGUCAAGAUGAUUGUGGAGAGCUUCUUUGAGCUUUCGGAACGUAAGACCAAGAAUGGCGAGGUGAAGGAGAAGGAUGAUGACAAGAUCAGCAAACAGCUCACCAAGGUGGCCAUCAGAACGUGGGACCAGGACUCCUGGCUCAUUCUUCUCACGCGGUUGGCUACAAGAGGAAUGCUGACGAUCGAAGGAGACGAAAGCCUGACAGACGUUGCUCAGAAUGAACAGCUCAGUGACAUAAUCAGGCAAGCGCUUUUUGACCAUUUCCUCGGGAACAUCCACGAAAGGGUGGAUACCACCAUUGAAUGGCUCAAUGAGGAGUGGUACAGCGAGAAGGUCAGCAACGAGGAGAAGGCUCGUCAGGAAAUCGAGGAGAAAUGGCAAAAGAAGUACGAAGAGGAUCCCAAUCUGGUGAGCGACGUUCAAGAAAAAGUGGACCAGGAAGUGGAAAACAUCAUUGUGGAGACCCCACGCUACAACAAGUGGUGCCAAAAAGUGUUGGACGCCAUGAUUCCUUUCCUCGAGCCCACAGACAGAAAAAUAUUCUUGAGAAUGGUGAGUGACUUGCCGUAUCUCAACAAGAGCAUGCUCGGGGGCAUCAAGUCCUUAUGUGCUGAUCCUGCUCGGUCCAAACUUGGGUUUUUGGCGCUUCAGUUCUUGGUCAUGUACAGACCGCCAGUGAAGGAGGCUUGUUUUGAGGUGUUGCGUGAGCUCAAGGACAGUGAUCAGGAGGAUUUGAAGGAGGAGGCGCUGAAGCUUCUUACCAAGUACGGACAGGCGUAG